AUGGCUGAUUACUUAGAUCAGCUUUUUGACAGUGACUCUGAUGAGUCUGAGUUUUCUGGUUUCUCAGAGUUUGACUCUGAUAUUGAAGUCGGUGAUUUGACCAAUUAUGACAUUAUUCCCGAUGCUGAGGCUGCAGAUGAUAAUUGGACAGAUGACUUCAGUCCAUUGAGGUUUGAUGAGUUCAACGAGCAGCCGGGAGAACGCCUGCCAGAUGGAUUUGAUGUGGACACAGCCACUCCCAUGGAUUACUUUUGGCUGCUGUUCUCUCCGCAGCUGCUUCAGUCCAUUGUGGGGCAUACGAAUGGUUACUUCGAUUGGAAGAUGGCACAGCUGGACAUACCAACAGACCUUAGAUGGCAGGACACAACUGAAGAAGAGAUGAGGGCAUUCCUGGCCAUCAACAUCCUGAUGGGAAUCAACCAGCUCCCCAAUGCCGAGAUGUUCUGGUCGUCCAAUCCCUUCAUCAACAAUGCUGGAAUCACCAACACCAUGAAAUGCAACAGGUUCCAGAAGCUGGUGCGACCUGUCAUGGAGAGCGUCAGCCGGACAUUCCAGGACAUCUACACACUCAACAAGGAGGUCUCCAUUGACGAGGCCAUGAUUGCGUUUACCGGCCGCCUCAGCUUUAGACAGUAUAUGCCCGCCAAGCCGAUCAAGAGGGGAAUCAAGGUGUGGAUGCUCUGUGAUGCCAGGACAGCCUUCCUUGCUCGCUUUGAGGUAUACCUGGGGCCACAGAAUAACCAGACGGAACAUGGACUUGGCGACAACGUUGUGAUGAGGCUAGUGGACCACAUCUACCACUUCUUCGGCUGGUUGUUCUUCGACAACUUCUUCACAGGUAUACCUCUCAUGAAGGAACUCCUGGAGAAGGGCCUCUACGCCUGCGGGACUGUCAGGGUCAACAGGAAGGGAUUCCUGAGCCAGUUGAAGAAACCAGCAGAGGUACGACAGCGCGGAGACUUCAAGAUCAUGCAGAUGGGCGACACCAACCUGACUGCCACAGUGUGGCAGGACACGCGACUUGUUCACCACUUGUUCACGUUGAGGGACCCUAUCGUCAUUUUACCUGAAAAUCGGUUCACCCACCUUGAUUUCCGCCUGGAACUUGUCCGGGAACUGGCUGAGGUGUUCUGCAAAAGAAAAGGUGCAGCACCAGAAGGCAGAGGGAGAGAUGGCUUGGUGGAGCAGAUGAACAUGGGGGGCCAUGUCAUGUUCCGACUCUCCGACAAGACAAAGGCCUGCAAGUACCACACCUGA